AUGUCUUUCAGCAACGCGGACACCGGUAGCAAGCCUGCCGACCCCUACACCCAGAAGAACAUUCAGGAGCCCGAUCUCAAGACCAAGGUCGAGGACCUGGUUGGUUUCAUCGACAAGCACAAGUACUGCAUGAUGACCACUGUGAUGGAGAACGGCAUGCUGGCUAGCAGGGCUAUGGCUGUGGCCGGCAAGGAAGCACACGGCGUCGAUCUGCUCUUCCACACCAACACCGAAUCCGGCAAGACCGAUGAUCUAGCUCACGACAAAGACAUCAACAUUGCCUUCCAGACUCAGUCUGGCGAAUGGGCAUCGAUCAGCGGUAGGGCGUACAUUGAAACCGAUCGCGCCAUCGUCAAGAAGUACUACUCCCCCAGCCUGAAGGCGUGGAUCGGUGACCUUGGCGACGGCACGCACGACGGUGGUCCUGACGAUCCGCGCAUUGGCAUCAUUCGGGUCAAGACUGCCACCGCGCAGUAUGCUAUCAGCAACAAGACCCAGGUGGGUGGACUCGUCGAGUUUGCCAAGGGCGUGGUGACGGGUGAGAGCCCAGAGGUCAACAAGUUGAGAUACCUCUCGGAACAGGAGAUCCAGCAGUGGCGUUCGACUGCUUAA